UAUCCGACGCUUGAGGAGGCGCGCGCCGCCAUCGACGGUGCCCACGAGACGAAGCUCCUCGACCAGACCAUUCAGGUGGACUUUGCCUUUGUGCGACCACCCCCAGGCAAGACCGGCGGCGGCGGCGGCCGUGGUGGAGGUGGUGGUGGUGGCGGCGGCGGACGCAACGGUCCUGGCAACCGCAAUAGGGGUGGUCGGAGUAGGAGCCGCAGCCCCGUAGGCAGGGACGAGUGAUGACGGGAUAAAACAACUCGAUGCGUCUUUGUCUUGCGCGAAAAAUGGGAUGGGAGGAAGGAAAUGCCCUUUGAAGCCUGGGCAUAUGGCUGCUAAAUUCCCGCUAACUACAACACCAAGGAGUAUCCAGCCAGCUGGAGUUUUCCAAUGACGGGUGGAAUCAUACUGGAAUAGCAAGGCUUGCUGCAGCGCUAUGUUGGUCCUCAACCGAACGGACAAUAGCCAAAAUGGACGGGAAUCGAUGAGAACAGAGGAUACAAGAACAUUGGAGAGAGAGUCGGGUUCAGGUAGAGACAACCUGUAAACCAAGAACUACGCUCAAGUAGCCGAUGUGUCGUCAAAAGAGAGCAAAAUCAAGGACACGUCGGCGCGUUGCCACGAUCUUAACAGGACAUCAAAUUGGCCUCGUAAAACAUUGCUAUACGAAAGUAUUUACUGUGAUGAUAUCUAGCAUUAAGAGAGUCGGGGCUUGCUUAGAUGCAUGCAUCAACUCUUCAUUGGGUUUCCACACAAUGAUGAGUCUGCAACACCAGGCAGCGGCACUCGCGUGAAAGACCGUCUGAGCCGCAUAAAGGCCCUCGGUAAG